UCCCUCCGCCUUCCCUCCCACUCAACUGGGCCGCGAGGAAGUCGCAAGAUGGCUGAUGUCGCUUGGAAGUAAUGUUCCCCUCUGCAACAUGAAGCCGUGAGUGUGGAAGAAAGCGAGGGAGGCACCAUCGGGCUUUUAUUUUUAUUUUAUUUUAGUUACUUUUCUUUUAUUUCGUCAAACAUCCAUCUCAUUCCGCGUCGUGUCCGCCCCGGACUUGUCUUCGGGAGUUGACGCGUCAAAUCACGCCGGGGACCCUGCCAGCAGCUAACAGCUAGCCACACAGCUAGCAACGUUAGUAACGUUACAGCUAGCCAGUCAGCCAGGCACAUAGCUUGCUAGUUUGUUCUAAUUAAUAUUCUGACACAUGCGAGCCAACAAGCUACCGAUACAAAUAUGCUAAAAUUUGCCUGAGGUAGUGCAGCAUAAAUGUCAAAUAUUUUAGUUGUCAGAUAAAAAAAGAAGAAGAUUUUAGCAAGCUGCUCGGUUUAACAUCAUGUCCGCGAACUGGCCAUCUAGCCUGUGGUGUGCUAACUAAUGCGCAGUAUUGCAUCUGUUUCAUGUGCACAAACCAGCAGGAUAAUUAUUUUAUUGGCAUUUUUCAGUAAUAUCCUCCACCUUGCUGCAUUUCCGUUAUUUGAUGCCAACUACAUUUUUGAAGCUGGUUAUGUUAAAGCCAAAUUAUGGGAGCAGGAUAUGUGUUGAACUUUUUCUGGUUGUAGGUAGCUACACUGGCCUUGCUGGAAUCUCACCAAAAAUCCACAGGGAUGGACACUAAACUGAGAACCCACGACCAAAACUGAGAAAUUGGCAUUUCGAUAUCUCGGAAGAAGUAACGACAAGUGACACCCGUGAACAGCGGUGUAUGGUGACUCAUUUCACUAGUCUGGGUGACAGAUAAGUUGUUUUGCAGGGUUAACUAAACUACAGUUAGUCACUACAUCGGAGACCAGUUAGCUUGCCUAAAGUGCACAGCUAGCUACGGUCUCGCCCCACACCACAUUUCAAACACGGCGUACAGAACGUAUUCAGAGCCUGCUCCCGGCCAGACACACCGGCUCAACAACACAGUCAUGGGAGUGCAGGGUUUCCAAGAGUAUUUAGAGAAGCGGUGUCCCGGGGCCGCAGUCCCGGUGGACCUCCUGAAGCUUGCCCGUACCGCGGCCCGACAGCCCCCUCACCACCAUCACCCACACCACCACCCACAUCAACCAGGGCCCAUGCCUCCCCCGCCUGCCAGGAUCCUGAUCGACGCGGACUCCGGCCUGCAGCGCCUCUACGGCGGCUACCAGACGGACUGGGUGUGCGGGGGCGAGUGGAACGCCAUGCUGGGCUACCUGGCUGCCCUGUCGCAGGCCUGUCUGUACCAGGGUGGCCUGGAGCUGGUCGUGGUUUUCAAUGGCACAUUGGGGAAGGAGCGCUGGCCCGAGUGGGCGCGGCGAGCUCAGGGCCAGCGACAGACGGCGCAGCUGAUAGUCAACCACGUCGGCAGCAAGGCCACCCCGCCUCCCCGGGCAUGGUUCCUGCCACCGGCCUGCCUCAGCCACUGCGUCCGCCUCGCCAUGUUCCGCUUCCGAGUGCGGGUUGUACAGACUUUGGAGGACCACCACCAGGAAGUGCUGUCUCUCUACAGGGACUUUGGAUUCGCUGGCCUCAUUGCUCAGGAUUCUGAGUUUGCCCUCUGCAACGUGCCCGCCUACUUCUCGUCACACGCGCUCAAACUGAGCUGGAACGGCAAGAACCUGACCACACACCAGUACCUGCUGUCUGAGGCUGCCAGGCAGCUCGGGCUGAAGACACAGCACCUGCCCUGCUUUGCUGCUCUGCUAGGAAAUCAUAUUCUGCCUGAUGAGGACCUGGCUGCCUUCCACUGGAGUCUGCUGGGACCAGAACACCCACUAGCUUCUCUUAAGGUGCGAGCCCACCAGUUGGUGCUGCCGCCCUGUGAGGUGGUGAUCAAGGCCGUCUCAGAGUACGUCUCCUCCAUCAAAGACCUGGGGAACCUGGACGCCAUCGCCAGAGAUGUCUUCAAACAGUCACAGUCUCGUAUGGAGGACAAGGUGGAGCGAUUCAAGAAGGCUGUGGAGUAUUUCUCAGCCGCCUCCAAACCUCGCUCGCCCAACAUGGGGCCCUCCUCCUUUAUCUUACCUGGGUUUGGAUUUGGGGGACCAGCUGGUCACAUGGGACCUAUGCAGCCUGGAAAGAAUCAGUUCCCUCCCCCCCAGAUUCCGGGGUUAAAGCCACCCUAUCAAAAUGCUCCAUACGGACCUGGCUCCAACCCUCUGUUCCCGAACCCGCCGCCACCGUCCCAAGACUGCAACGAUUCGCUGACGAGCAAGAUGGGCUUCUCUGAUUGGUCGGCUCCAUAUGAUUCCACUCAGGGGGGAAAUCGAUUACCCAAUCAUCACACCGCUACUCAGUCUGUUCCCUCUCCAUCUCCUUCAUUGUCAUCAGAUGGAGAUGAACCCAACGACAGCAACGCAAACCAUUUGACAGACAAGCCCUCUCGGUGGGAGGAUCCUGCUGGAAGGGUGGGCUCGGCCUCCGGAGAUGGUUCCCAAGGCAACGGGAGCGUGUCACACAUUCCGUCACUGCUGUCUAUGGCGACGCGGAGUCACAUGGACAUAACCACACCCCCUCUGCCUCAGGUCAGUGCUGAGGUUCUUCGUGUAGCCGAGCACAGACACCGGAGAGGACUGAUGUACCCCCAGAUUUACCACAUAUUGACCAAGGGAGAGAUGAAGAUGCCAGUGUGUAUAGAGGAUGAGUGUAACUCCGAGCUGCCUCCUGCCUCUCUGCUGUUCCGCGCUGGCAGACAGUAUGCCUACGGCGUCCUCUUUAGUCUGGCUGAAACACACCGCCGCCUGGAGAGGCUCGCUCUCCGCAAGAGGGCUCCCCUGGAAGUUCCUCCAGUGAUUGUCAAAGAGUGGAGCAGCGGUAAAGCCAAGUCGGCCCUGACUCCGGAGCUGGUCCCGGCCCUGUGUUUCAGGGAGUGGACCUGCCCCAACCUGCGGCGGCUGUGGUUGGGACGUGCCAGUGAGGACCGCUCCAGGAGAACCAGGGCCUUCCUGGCCUGCCUACGCUCUGACUGCCCAGCCCUCCUCAACCCAGCACAGGUCCCCCAGCAUCUGCUGCUCAUGUGCUGCGUGCUCAGGUAUAUGAUGCAGUGGCCUGGAGGAAGGAUCCUCCAGAGACACGAGCUAGAUGCCUUUCUGGCUCAGGCUGUUUCCAGCCAACUCUACGAACCCGACCAGCUACAGGAGCUCAAGGUGGAGAAGGUGGAUGCCCGCGGCGUGCAGCUGGCUUCUCUCUUCAUGGCUGGUGUCGACACAGCGCUGUUUAUCAAUGAUGUGUGCGGCCAACCGUUGCCAUGGGAACACUGCUGCCCCUGGGGCUUCUUUGACGGCAAACUGUUUCAGAGCAAACUGGCCCGGGCCGCUCGCGACCGAGCCGCCCUGCUGGACAUGUGUGAAGGACAGGAGGAGCUGGUGUCCAAGGUGGAGAAGAUGCGUCAGGCAAUCCUCGAGGGCAUCAACCUGUCCCGCCCUCCUCCCCCUCCCCCUCCUCUUCCACCUCCUGCCUUCCUCCCCCCAGCCAUGGUGCCCCCUUUCUACCCCAUGCCUCCCCUCUACCCACCCCGCCCCAUGGGCAUGCCUCAUCAUCAUCACCCACACCACCCUGCCCAACACAGACCCAGAGCCUUCCCAGGCCUUCAGUCCAUCCCCCCUCAGGGAGGGAAACUGGAGAUAGCUGGCAUGGUCGUUGGCCAGUGGGCUGGCAACAAACCAGUCCGUGGGAGAGGGGGGUUCAACAUGCAGGUGGUGUCAGUGGGAGCAGGGAGAGGGAGGGGUAAAGAGAUUCCAGCUAAAGUAAGGGCGGUGAAAAAGGCACCUACCAACAGAACACAGACGUCGCCACCCCCACCAUCCAGCAGUCCCCCAAAGCCCUCAGAGGAGGCGGCCUCCACGCCAGAGGUUGCGACUCAGCAGCUGAACGGCAGCCCAGCAGCCUCAGCCAUUGGCCAGUCCUUGGAGCUGGCCCCCCUGGCCCAGCCAAUCCCGUGUGCCUUAGCCAGCAGAGACAACCAAUCAGAGGGGGUGGAAGUGGAGGCCCCCUGUUGCCUUGACGACUGCCCGUCAGACGGAGCACUACAGAAGGAGGAGUGAUGGCACCCUUCCCAGGAUGCACUGCUCUGAGAGAGUUCUCUGUGUUUGACUGCCUUUCCCUGUUUUUGUAGCCCUGCCUGCUAGCUGUGCACAUUACCACCUGGAGCAGGAGGACCUCCCUGCUGCUCCACGUGGUAGGCUAAAGCAGUUAGCUGUUACUUCCUUUUUAGUUGUCUCAUGCGGUUUUAAAUUGUUUUAUGAAGAGAGAUUUUCUCCAUGAGUCUGUAAGCGCCCCACCCCUCCAAAAUCCUAAAUGCCUCUCUCCCGCACUCCGAGUAAAAUAAGCUUGAAGCCCCACCCCCAUUACGACCCACCACCUAAACGAUAACUUAUUUUAAACUUUAUUUUGUUUUGUUGGAAUCUCUGCACACAGCUGUACAGCGUGCGGUUUUGGUGACAGAUUGGAUGUGUUUCCAUGGUUACAUCAUCUUGGCCUGGCCGCCGUGGUCGGCCGUUAUGUGUUUGUUGCCAUAGCCGUCUCGUGUGAGGUUUGUCUUGCAUGAAUUCAGAGAGAUGUUCAGAGUUUGACUCUGGAUAUGUGAGUAAGAUUUAACAAAGUGAUUUACCAUUCUUUUGUGCAGUGACCCCCCCCUCCCCCCGUAGUACUGCUAAAAACACAAUGUUAGUAUACUUACUAGCAACAUUAAUUGAUUGGUAAUUUAUCACAGGAGCACUUCUGCACCACCAUGGUAUUAGCGUGCUAUCUUACUUUGACCCAUGUAGCAAAGCCUAGUGUUAACUGUGCUAAGAGACCCCAUGAAUUUAUGCACCUUAAGCCCUGAAGUAUGCAAGAUACUACCCUGCUCCUCCAAAAGAAAUACAUUUAUUGAAUUAUAUUCCCACCCUCCUUGCCCCUUUCUCCUAAAGCUUUGAUUGUAUUAGCCCAACAAAAGCACUUAAUGUUGUAUUUAAAUAUAAUGAAUUAGAGCAAGCCCCUAUACAGGUGAAUUGACAGUCUUAGAGGGGUGUCCCCUGCGCCUAAGUAAAUCAUUAUGACAUGUAGAACUACAUUUAUAGGUAGAGAUCUAUUUGAAAGACGUCAGAAUGUGAACAGAGUGGUUUCAGACAAAGAAGCACUUUGUUUUAAAAA